AUGUUUUUGUUGGCAUCUGCGGGCCGCCUUCCCCCCCCCCUCUGCGCCGCCGAGCCGGGCCGCCCCAUGGGAGAGGCGGAGGACAAGCCGGUGAUGCCCCAGGGCCUCCUCGGGGCAGUCCCGAACAUGAUCACGGCGUGUGUCGUGAUGAGCGGCUGCGGGCUCAUGAUGUCGGCAUCCGCUCCGGAGUACAACCCCCUGAGGGGCGUCGUCAUCUUCUGGGUCGGCUUCGUGGCCGACAUCCUCGACGGCCUCGCCGCGAGGAAGCUGAACGUCGGCUCGCACUUCGGCUCCUAUUUUGAUGAGCUGGCAGAUCUCACGGCGUUCGGUAUCGCGCCCGCUGUCUAUUUCAUGCGCCACUACAUCGAACCAGGGGAUGGCUUCUCACUUUCAUUGGCAAGGUUCAACUUCAAUUUCUUCUUAUCAAAAGGAUGUAUGACUGCGAUUUCAGGUUAUGCUUACAUGCUUUCCUCUGUCUUCCGGAUAUCGCGCGAGUUGGUGGUACACCGCGGCGAGAGGCCAAAAUUCUUUGUUGGCUUGCCCACGAAUGGAGGAGCACUCUUUCUUAUCCACGCGGUCUACUUCUUCCCGACACAGAAAUGGUUGUUUGUUUUGGUAUUGUUGUUGAGCGCUGUGAUGGCAGCACCGGUGUACAUUUACAAGGAUCCCACCGGGCUGCUCGUCCCCUUCGCAGAGCAGCGGGCCAGCAUGAAGGCGGCUCGCCUCUUGGAGGAGAAGAUGCUCAAGAAGGGGAAGUAG